AAUAUAGUUGUCAAUAAUUUACAUAACCUCAAAUAGCAAUCACAAACAUUUUAAAACAAAAAAAAAUACGGAUUUUUGUAUUGUUUAGUAGCGUUUACAAGAUGUUAGAUAAGGUAAAACACAUAAUUCUAGUAUUGUCUGGCAAAGGGGGCGUCGGGAAAUCCACUGUCAGUACGCAGUUGGCCUUAACUUUAGUGGAAAAGGGUUUCAAGGUGGGUAUUCUAGAUGUAGACCUGUGUGGGCCAAGUGUGCCUUAUUUACUACAGUUAGAAGGUAAAGAUGUACACCAAGCUGAUGAGGGUUGGGUGCCAGUUUAUAUGGAUGAGAACCAAAAAUUGGCAGUGAUGUCUAUAGGAUUUCUGUUAAAUAAUAGAAAUAAUGCAGUUAUUUGGCGAGGACCAAAGAAAACUUCUAUGAUUAAGCAGUUUUUGACAGAUGUUUGCUGGGGAGAACUUGAUUAUUUAAUUAUUGAUACACCUCCUGGUACCUCAGAUGAACACAUAACAGUUAUGGAAAAUUUAAAAGUUGUCAACUGUGAUGGGGCAGUAAUAGUUACCACCCCACAACAAGUGUCAAUAGAGGAUGUUAGAAAGGAGAUUACUUUUUGUAAAAAGACUGGGAUACCUAUUAUUGGAAUUAUUGAAAAUAUGAGUGGGUUUGUAUGUCCCCAUUGCACGCAAUGCACCAAUAUCUUCAGUAAGGGUGGUGGAGAGUCCUUGGCCCUAAUAUCUAAUUUGCCGAUCUUAGGGUCCUUACCAAUAGACCCUAAAAUAGGUGAACUAUUGGGUAAAGCUUGUCUAAAAGAGUUUCCUGAGUCACCAUCUGCUAAAGCAUUAAGUAAUAUUGUUGAUAAUAUUGUUAGGUCUAAAAAAAGUUCAUAAAUAUAUUUUUUUAUUGACAAUAUAUCUCCAGCACUUGA